CAUAACAGAAGGUAGCGCGAAUGACGUCAUGUUCCAUUGAGAUCGCUAUCGCGAGGCUGGCUGGGAGUAACAAGUGGAAGGUUAGUCCGCAACUGGGGAGUAAGACAUACGUGUGGUAAAAACAGAUGCACGUCAAGUCAGUGACUGGAGAAAGAGUAAGGUUCGUUUUUAUUCUAUUUAAUGAGAUACUCACGUUGAAGUAUCAAGUUGUUGAUUUUCUCGAGCUAACCGUCCUCAAUAUACAAGAUACGAAGUAAAAAAAAAGGUGAGUUGAUGCUGACAUAUCGUAUUUCCAUGCGGACUGGAUUGUUGGUUUGUAAGAGUUCAAAUAGCCAAGUAUUGUUUGUCGGAAAACUGUGUGUUGCAGAGUCGUUUGAAAGAAUUGAGGACAAGCGUCAUCAAAGUUGAUGAGGAAACGUGUGACCGGUUUUGGAAAGGACUCACUAGCUCUGUACCGGUUUGUAAAGCAGGUAGCUAGAGACACUGUUUUGUAUUAAUGUGGCCAAUAAUCGUAGCGGAUGUUUGUGAAAGUUUUAAAAAAGCAACCUUUGUGUUUCCUAACGGUCUAUCUGUGGGGUAGAUACCCCGCUUUGAGUACCCCCAAUAUUGGUUUACAGACGCUGUGAACUAUUUUGUGAUAUACAUAAAUGCGUCGCCUAUCACUGUCGCUACGUGAAACGGUACGAACGAAACGAAAGUUACGGUCAAAUCGGGGCUUUUUGGGUUUUAUUUUAUUGAAACGCUAUUGAUAACGACGACAUUACCAGACCCAGUGUGAUAAACGUGAACAACUCUGUUGUCAUGGAAACCGAUCGUGUUACGUUACCAGCGCGUGACAGUUUUUCUUGGUUUUGUGAUUACCGUAAGAGCGAGGCCUUUAGGCCCCAGAAGCUGGUGAUAUCGAACGAUUCCGAUACUGGCUUGUCAGAAGAGACGAAUCUCAGAUCAGAUGGUAAAAAGACUUCUGGUAAUCUCAGAUCAGAUGGUAAAAAGACUUCUGGUAAUCUCAGUCCAGAUGGUAAAAAGACUUCUGUUAAUCUCAGAUCAGAUGGUAAAAAGACUUCUGGUAGUCUCAGUCCAGAUGGUAAAAAGACUUCUGGUAAUCUCAGUCCAGAUGGUAAAAAGACUUUUGUUAAUCUCAGUCCAGAUGGUAAAAAGACUUCUGGUAAUCUCAGUCCAGAUGGUAAAAAGACUUCUGGUAGUUAUGAGAAUAACUCACUCCGUCCUUUUUCAAAAUGUCAUCCUCCCAUUGACGCACAAGCUACGCCAUUGGCCCAGGCCGCUGGAGUAAUAGCUUCUGAUAAUACCAGGAAGGCACCUGAUCGAGCAUCGUCUCAUAGUGAUGAGAACGAUGAAGUCAAGGAUACUGGCGAGCCUCCAAAAUAUAUGGAUCGAGAAGAUAAGUCAGUUAGAGAAGAUGAAAGAUGCAGUAUCCCACAAGGAUGCGAGGAAUCCGAGAGUUCCUUAAAUCCUAUGAAGAGCGAUCUUGAAAUUGGAUCAAAUCUUCUUACUUGGCGAGACCACUUAAUAGUUCAGAACGAUGCAGGAAACUUCAGGAAGGAAAGGCACAAAGAUUUUAAAGAUGACAUAGUCAAGAACGAUGCAGGAAACUUAAGGAAAGAAAGGCAUAAAGAUUUUAAAGAUGACAUAGUUAAGAACGAUACAGGAAACUUCAGGAAGGAAAAGCACAAAGAUUUUAAAGAUGACAUAGUUAAGAACGAUACAGGAAACUUCAGGAAGGAAAGGCAUAAAGAUUUUAAAGAUGACAUAGUUAAGAACGAUACAGGAAACUUCAGGAAGGAAAAGCACAAAGAUUUUAAAGAUGACAUAGUCAAGAACGAUGCAGGAAACUUAAGGAAGGAAAGGCACAAAGAUUUUAAAGAUGACAUAGUUAAGAACGAUGCAGGAAACUUAAGGAAGGAAAGGCACAAAGAUUUUAAAGAUGACAUAGUUAAGAACGAUGCAGGAAACUUCAGGAAUGAAAGGCAUAAAGAUUUUAAACGGUGCAGUAGACAGAAAUUGAUUCCAGAUAGGAAAAUAAAGCGGAUAGACAGAGGAUGCGAUCAACAAGUUUUUAAUUUGACCGAAACCGCAUCUACGUCAUCUCCUGAGAGCAAGAUAGUAGGAAGGACCUCGAGGUCAAGAUUGAGGUCACCGGAGGACAAAACGGAGGGUGCGGAUCAGAAGAAAUUGGUAAGAACGCCAAGGGCCAUUUCCCUGGAACGUGCCACCUUGCGGAGGAGAAGCCGAAUUGGAGACGGAUACCACACUCCACCUCGUAACUACCUGACAUUAUCAGAACAAAUUCUCUACUGGGACGCACAAGAUGGCCGCUGUCGCAGUAAUAAAAUGGAAGAGGACGAGAAACCAUGGGUUAUUGGAACAAGGAGGUCGUGGGUUACUGGAACAAGGAGGUCAAU